CGAACCGCCGCAACCUUCUCCGACCGAGCAGCAGCUGCGAGUGCGAGUUCGAGCCCAAGUUCGACGGGCGAUCAAUGGCACGGUCGGAGCUGGUCAUGGCGUUGCUGGUGGCAGUCCUCGCCGCCGGCUGCUGCGCGUCGGCCGGCGCCGUGGCGUACCUCUCCAAGCUGCCCGUCACCCUCGACGUCACCGCAUCCCCCAGCCCCGGCCAAGUUCUCCACGCCGGCGAGGACGUGAUCACGGUGACGUGGGCCCUGAACGCGACCGGGCCGGCCGGCGACGCCGCCGCCUACAAGAGCGUCAAGGUCAGCCUCUGCUACGCGCCGGCGAGCCAGAAGGAGCGCGAGUGGCGCAAGACCCACGACGACCUCAAGAAGGACAAGACCUGCCAGUUCAAGGUCGCCCAGCAGCCCUACGCCGGCGCCGGCGGCAGCGUCGAGUACCGCGUCGCCCUCGACAUCCCCACCGCCGCCUACUACGUGCGCGCCUACGCGCUCGACGCCUCCGGCACGCAGGUCGCCUACGGCCAGACCGCGCCCGCCGCCGCCUUCAACGUCGUCAGCAUCACGGGCGUCACCACCUCCAUCAAGGUCGCCGCCGGCGUCUUCUCCACCUUCUCCGUCGUCUCCCUCGCCUUCUUCUUCUUCAUUGAGAAGCGCAAGAAGAAUAACUAA